AAACGGGUUCGAGUCGGAUCGGGAGAUCCAACUCUCGUACGGUUCCAAGAGUCUGUGGGCUUUGUAUAAAUCCAGGGCGCAGGGAAGAUUGACGGCCACGUUCCAAGAUCACGAAGCCGAUUCGUAACCACGGGUGGUUCCAGCCAUCACCGAUGCUUUUCCGCGACGACGGCCCGAGCGUCGUCCUCCCGCCGCCGCCGCCGCCGCCGCCGCAGCCGCAGUGCGGCUUCGUAAACCUCGUGCCCCAGCACCCCAUGCACAUGCAGUUCCCGCCGCAGGCCGCGUGCGUCGUGUUGCCGCGCGGGGCGUUCUUGGACGCCGAGGUGCGGGAUGUGUGGGCCGCGAACCUCCAGGACGAGCUCUCCCACAUCGCCGCGCUGCUGCCGCACUACCCCUGCGUGUGCGUCGACACGGAGUUCCCCGGCACGGUGCACGACUCGCGCACGCCGCGCCACCUCCGCGGCCCGCGCGAGAGCUACGCGCUGGUGAAGAAGAACGUGGACGACCUCAAGCUGCUCCAGAUCGGGAUCGCGCUCUCCGGGCCCUCCGGCCGCUGCCCCGUCGCGUGGCAGUUCAACCUCCGGGGCUUCGACGCCGGCCGCGACCCGCACGCGCCCGCCUCCAUCGCCAUGCUCCGCGCGCAGGGCAUGGACUUCGCCACGCUGCAGCAGUUCGGCGUCGACCCGGGCGCCUUCGCCUCCGGGUUCUACCAGUGCGGCCUCGCCUGCGGGGGGCUCACCUGGGCGGCGUUCUCGGGCGCCUACGACUUCGCGUACCUCGCCAAGGUGCUCGGCGGCGGGUGUCCGCUGCCGGACACGCCGGAGGGGUUCCUCGCCCAGGUCCGCGCCCUGUUCGGGCCGGCGGUGCUCGACGUCAAGCGCCUCGCUCGGUUCUGCGGCGAGGGCAUACGUGGGGGACUGGAGCAGGUGGCCGCCGCGCUCGGCGUGGAGCGCGCGGCCGGGCGUGCUCACUGCGCCGGUUCCGACAGCCUGCUCACCUGCGACGUGCUCCUGGCAAUGGUGGAUCGCUUCUUCCGGGACAACAACGUGCUCGUGCACGCCGGGGCCAUCGUGGGCUUAGUGUAGAUUGCAGUGAAGCAUGCAUGCAGGGUGAGCUGUUAAUUUGUACAUAUUACUUUUAGAGAAUUGUUGAGUGAAGGGAAUCCUUUUACUUCUAUUAUAUCCUGCA